AACAACAAAAAAAAACCCCAAAAAACCCACCAGCAUCCCAAAUCCCAAAAACAAAUCCACAUCUACAUCAAAAAUAAUAACACACUAUACUGUAAUAUUACUCAUAAUAUGAUAUGUAAUAUACAAUAUACAAUACUCAUAUUGUUUUCUCCCCUUCUUUGUAGCUUGUUCCAUAAAGGCGAGAGUGCCAUCAAGCGCUUCUUGCCCAAGAGCCACCUCUCCAAGGUGAUCAUCCAGGACAACGCCAGUGUCCAGCGGGUGCAAGACAUUAAGCUCCAGCAUUUGGAGGACAGCAAACGCAAGGUGGGAAGCAUGCUGGACCACAUGAGGAAGACCUUCCUCCAUGACCAGCAGAAGAAGAUGGCACGUUGGCGCAAGGAGUACCAGCACUACCAGCGCAUGCUAGAGAAGAUUGACCAGCGGGCCCAGGCCACGGAAAAUCUGCACAGUUUCCCCGCCCCAGAGCCUGCCAAGGCUUUGUUCGGUGAAUGGGAGGAGAAGGCGGCCAAGGCGGAAGCCCCCAAUGAGGCCCCACUGCCAAAAGAGGCCAGGGGGAAGCAAGCCUCUUCUUAGGGCUUUUGAGGCCAUCAGAGAGUGGUUGGCCUCUUCCCGUGCUUUAGGUGCCAUUCCUCCCCAUUGAUGGUUGCGGCUGAGAGAGUGUGGCUCCUCCGAAGCACCAUGUUCUCCCACAUUAAACCAUGUGAGUCUAGUUUGCCACAA